GACUUCAGUGUCUUCUCGCGAGAACUCGAUGUCGACUAGUUUGAGCGGAAGUACAUUGGAACUCUCUUUUCCGGCGGCCAUUGUGGAACGAUCGGCAGGCCAUCAUGAAGCUGAAUCCGUUUGUGACGUCGUCCCGUCGCAAGAACCGCAAGAGGCACUUCAACGCCCCCUCUCACAUCCGCAGAAAGAUCAUGUCCUCCCCGCUCUCCAAGGAGCUGCGGCAGAAGUAUAACGUCAGGUCCAUGCCCAUCCGCAAGGACGACGAGGUCCAGGUGGUCCGAGGGCACUACAAAGGCCAGCAGAUCGGCAAGGUAGUGCAGGUGUACAGGAAGAAGUACGUCAUCUACAUCGAGCGCGUGCAGCGGGAGAAGGCCAAUGGAACCACCGUGCACGUGGGGAUCCACCCCAGCAAGGUCGUGAUCACAAGGCUGAAGCUGGACAAGGACCGCAAGAAGAUCCUGGAGCGCAAGGCCAAGUCGCGACAGGACGGCAAGGAGAAGGGAAAAUACAAGGAGGAGAGCAUCGAGAAGAUGCAGGAGUGAACGCACGCCUUUUGUUAACAAAUAAAAGACUUUAAAAUCACA